AAUGCCUUUCGGAAGGUAUCGAGAUUUUACCUUAGGAGUUAUGGAAGAUAAAAUUAUCGGUGUUAUGUAAACAAUCGUAUGACUUUGACGAAAUGAAUAAACGGGCUGUCAGAUUCUAGAAGAUGGCUGCUAGAAUUCCACAAGAGGUCAUCACGCAUAUAAUGCGUUUCUUGAAUGUAUCUGACCGGAAGGAGGCGGCCCUGGUAAACAAGCUCUGGUACGAGGCUUCGCUGGACCCCAUACUACAGCGGGAUGUUGUCCUUCACUUUAAUGGGGAUACAAAUUAUGUCCCACUUUCUACCGUCAGUCACAGGCGAUUAUCUCAUUUGACCUUAAGUCAGCUAGAUAAUUCCAUGAAUACCAAGCAUGUCUUGCUUAAGUCGUGUAAACAAAUCAGUGACAGUUUGAAAUCCUUGUCUUUCAAAUCUUGUAAUAUUACCGAAAGCACGUUUGUAGAGAUUCUUUCUUAUUGUAUAAAUCUUACAAGUAUUGAUCUCACUAAUUGCAACAGUAUAUUUUUGUCUGGUAAACUUCUGGAAAGAAAUACAGAUCUGCAGAUUUUGAGAGAGUCGUUGAAAAAAGUGAAAGAUUUGAACCUGUCGUCCAUUCGUCAGCUCUCUGAUGUGACGUUUAACAGAAUCGUAACUAUAUGUCCCAACGUAGAAAGAAUAUGGUUGGUAGGGUCGAACAUUGUGUUCAACAGUGAUCAUUACAUUCCAAGAGGAAAAUCAAAGGUUGCCAGCAGUGCCGUGCUAACUUUUCAAAACAUACUUGACUUUGUGCGUGUGCAAGCCGCUGUUUUAACCACAUUAGACUUAAGCCGGAAUCAAAUUAACGACGAAGCUUUAGAGAGUCUGGUGACCAUUCCCGAUCUACACUUACAAGAAGUGCAUUUGCUGGCAUGCAAGGACAUUGAGGACGAAGGACUCAUUGCACUGAGUCACAAUCAAAAGUCUCUGAAGGUCUUGAACAUCAAGGAAUGCAUGGGAGUAACUGACUCGAGCGUGAGCGCUGUGGCGGCUAAUCUAGUUCAGCUGGAGACCCUCGCCAUAAACCGGUGUCGAAAUGUGACCGCGUACUCCGUCAGAAAGUUUUCUAACCUGUGGCACUUACAAACGAUAGAAAUGUCAGAUUUGUAUCAAGUGACGUCUGCUGGUAUAGAAGCUGGGCUCUGCGGCAAUGCUGGCAUGCCACUGACUCAUAUCAAUUUGAGUUGCUGUUCUUUGGUCCAAGAUGACUUUAUUUCGAAAUUGUGCGACACUCAUCCAUACAUAGUCCAUUUGGACCUCGGCUCUUGCACUAAUCUUACAAACCAAAGCAUUUUUGAAAUAUCCAAGAGUCUCAAACAGAUUCAAUUUCUGCGGCUUGCCUGGUGCAAGAAGAUUACCGACCUGGGAAUUCUUGGAUUUGAACAAAACAUUGAGGAAGAGAGACCAGUUGAAGUAGGAUGCAACAAAAAUUACGAAAGCACAACUAUAUUCCGUAAACCAACGUCAAAAGAAGAGAAACUGAAAGUUGAAAAGCUUAAAAAGGAAAUAAUCGAAAAAGAACUGCUUCGGUACAAAUUGAGUAAUCUUUCAAAGCUGCGAGAUCUCGAUUUGUCAGUAUGCCUUGGUUUGACAGAUAUCGGUUUAACUCAGGUUCUGAAGUUCCAAGAACUUCGUUACUUAAAUCUGAAUAUGAUACCAAUUACCGAUACCACCGUUAUGGCGCUUACGGCUGUGAAUCCAAGCCUUGAACAUCUUGUUCUAGCGAAAUGCGCCGCAAUUACAGACCAUGCUAUCGAGGCGGUGGCGAAACGUCUUCCACGAGUGAACAACUUGAACAUCUCCAACUGUGACAGUCUGACGGACAAGAGUAUUCGUUUCCUCCAGAUCCACUGCAAACGUCUUCGAAGCCUUGAUGUUUCGUUUUGCAGGAACAUCUCUCCAGAAGCGAUAGACGACUUGGAGAGAUGUUCCCAGUCGCUACAAACGGUCAAUCGUCGCUUAGUUGGAGGCAAAACAUAUUAAGCAGUCUCCUCUGAAAUUAUAAUUUAUUUUUAUGAAUAUAUACAUUGAAAAUUGACAAUCACAAUAUACCCCAUUUGAUUGUUGAACUGAUAUUGAUUAUCUAGAAGAAAGUCGUUAUAUUCUUGAAGUAAGUGUGGAUAUAUUUUACUGUUGGUUGAGGAUUUCUUAACCUCGGGUCAUUCCAUGCUUUAUUCGUACAUUAGUGGACUACAGUGUAGUAGGAGAAGCCAAUCAGACUAUGCCUACGUCUUUCAUUUGUGUUAUUAUAGAAAUGUUACAUUUUAUUCAGUUGUGUUUAACAUGGGAUACAACGGGUGUUUGACCUAUGAACUUGCACUCCACAAUUUUUGUAUAAAUGCUUUAAGAAAGUUUACGAGUUUAAUUAGAAUCUGUAAAGGAUUCAUUGCAAAAUAUGUGUUCAUAUGUACUUCCAAUUCCGGAUGCUGUGAUAUUUCUUUUACUAUUCACUGUUUGUGUUUUAAUCAUUUUCAUGAAUACCUAAAUAAAAAAUUCUGACAACAAA